AUGGCUGACUUAAGACUAAAGAAACUGGGAGUUGGAAGAAGACUUUCGAAUGACCCUCUCUUUGCAGAAGGGGACAGAGUGUGCCGCAUGUUUCUACGUGAAGGCAUCAUCGAUAUUGACGAUGAACAGCUGUGCCACCAAGUUGUGGCUGUGUUCCCAUGUGACGUCCCAGGAUGUAAGGAAACCUUUGCUUCUCUGAUGGAGUUUGAUAUGCAUUACAACUCGCGGCAUCGCUACGCUUGCAGAGAGUGUAACAAACACUUACCCACCGGCCACUUGCUGGACCUACACAUAUCAGAAACACACGACUCGUUCUUCGCUGCUCAAGCGGAAAGAAAACCAAUGUACCAAUGUUUUGUGGAAGAGUGCUCUGUUGUCUCCCAGGAUGAUGUUCAAAGAAGAAAGCACUGCAUCGAAGUCCAUAGCUUUCCUCCCGAUUUCCGAUUUGAUCAGUCACGCAAAAAAGGAAACAAGAAAAACACCAAUAAGAACAAAACGAGUGAACCUUGUGAGGAAGCCAUGAUGGUAGACGAAACCCAGGAAAAGAAACCUCAAAAAGGUAAACCAAUAACGUUUGGUAGGGGAAAACAAGGGAAAAUGUUUGUGAAACCUUGGCAUGCAAAAGGGAAGGAACAGAAGACGACACCAAACGACAAAACUGAACAGAGUGAAAUUUCUACAUGUGAACUCAUGGAAGCAUUGCCAUCUUAACGUGAUAACAAUCUUUGUUGGGAGAGUUAGUUUUUAAAGAGACUUAAAUUAUUUACUGGAUCUAUCAGUAAAAGUGUAGGUAGUAACUUUUUUCACGAUUAGAGAUAGGAUUCAAGUAUUUUUUAGGUAGAGCAAAAUGGUAUUUCGGAAUCCAAGUUGUCCAGGAGAUUUUCUUCUUAUUUAUGAAUAUUUAUUAUGAGAAUGAAUGUAACUUUUAAUGCCAAGAAAAUUAAAAAUCUUAGGGUAUUGAUGACGACAAUGUAAUGUACUAAAAUUGUUAGUGUUAUUUAAUAGUUUUAAGGACUAAAUGUAAAAUGU